AUGGGGAAAAGACCGGCGAAGUCGACCAAGAAGUCAUGGCAGAAGUUGGAACAAGAAGGGCUCGAGGAUGCGCUUAAUGCAGAAUCAAACGCACUCUUGCGCAAUGCAGAGCCACAGUUCAAGGAGAACGACGAACUGUUCUUCGUGGACAAGAAGGGAAGCGCGUUGAAAGUGGGGCGGAAAGACGCGUGGGAGCUCAAGUGUAACAGCAUCUUGAAGCCGAAUGAGAAGAUUGAAGCAAGGAAAGUCUUCCGCUCGGGCAAGAAGAAGAACACGAUCCAGGAGAGGAUAGAUCAGUUUGCCGAGGAGAUCAGGGAGCAUGGAAGUGUCGUGAGCAGGAAGCGGAGGAGCGAAAGUGCACCCCAGGCGUCGGAGCGAUCGUUCGAUCUCUGGGGCGAUGCAGGAGAGAGCAAGAAUGAAGACCAAUGGCCCAAGUUGUACAAGAACGACCCGCUCAAGCUCGAGAACGCAGUAUUCGACGAGCAUCACGUUCCCAACAACAAGAGGAGGCACAUGGCGCGCAUGCGGCCAGAGCCCUCCAAGAUCAAACCUGUGGAGGUUGUAUCCGCUGGUGCUUCAUACAGGCCGGACGGAGGGCAGCACGAGGAGUUGAUGAGGAAGGCUGCGGCUGUGCUUUGUGGAGGAGGAGGAGAAAGGUCAAACUCUUUGCGAGAGAAGAUCGGACUGUCCCAAGAUAGUGCGCGGCAUUGCCAGCGCGGACAGGACAUGGACAUCGUUCUUGUGCAGGAGAUGCUGUCAGAUCGCAAACUCAACGGUCUCGUCGGGCCUCUUGAGUUUGUGCAGGCGUAUGCGAUCUAUGGAGUCGUGGCUGCGAGGCCAUUGCGAUGUGCGAAUCACCGGUUCGCGGGCGAUCGGGACGUGCUACACAUCUACAGGAAGGGAGUCCUCAGCCACUCUGCUGUGAUUCAGGCAAGUCACGAUGUCCGCUCGAGCUCGUGCAGCUGCAACGUCAAAGGCCUGACAGUCAACCCCACCAGAACUCAUCCAGGCGCAGGCGCUGUCUUCGGCCUGAGGGCUCCUUCAGAGUUGAGAUCCAAGAUGGCUGGUGCUGCUGUGCCGGAGCUGCAAGAGCGGUCCUCCUUGCCCUCCUUGUUGGCCUACUCUAACACUCGCCCCGCCCUGAUGCUGCUCCUGCACACCAGCAGCAACGAAGUUGAGGUUCGUCGACUCAAGGGCCGUUGUCUCCAGUGCAGCAAGACGGCGAUCUUCGGCCAUCCCAUCAACGGGGAGAAAGGAGAGACGAAUCAGAUUCAUCCGAGGUGUAACCAGCACAUGCCUGGAGGGCAGAGGUGCAUGAAAAGCGCUAUCUUCGGUGCGCCCUUCGACAAAGGUGAUGGAGGAGAUGGAAGUGUUUUCCUGACUUGUGACAUCCUGCAAGAAUGGGAGAGCAAAAGGCUCGACAGAAGCUGGAGCAUGCGAAAGGAAAGCAAAGAGGGGGAGCAGCGCGUGAAGCGAUCGCUGCUGACCAAGAAAGGGACGAUCGUCGGGCCCGAUGACGUGGGAGGGCCGGACGAGUCAGACCUCCAGGGGUCAGUGGAGGAUGAGGAGGAGGAAGGUCGCAAGGAGGAAGACAAGGCGUCGUCAAAGGCCGCAAAGGAGAAGGGGAAGUUGACGAGAGCAGAAAGAAACAAGCAGGCGAGACACAAGGAGGUUCUGCGAGCCCAGGCAGCAGCGAAGGAGGAGAAGAAACUGCUGAAGCAGAUCAACCGCGUCGGAGAGAUCAAGAAGGAGGUGGAGAACAUCUUGAAGAUCCGAGAGCAGGCGUCCAGCCUUGAGGCCUCACUCAAGGAUGAGAAGGAGGCUGAAAGGAUCAAGAGACUAGGAAAGAUCAAGUUGCAGAAGGAGGCACCAGAGGUUCUUCUGCCGGAGGAGAUUCCUACUAAACUUCGCGCGGUCAAGCCUGUUGGCAACACCCUGCGCGACAAGUUUAAGAACCUCCAGAAGCGAAACCUCAUCGAGCCCAGAAGAUCGCAGGCAGGAAAAAGGAAAGACAAGACGCUCUCUGUCCUCAAGGCCCACAAAAUCAAGGCUCGGGCUUUCAUCGACUUCUAA